CGCAAGAUCAAAUAUCCAAGGCGACGUGCCCCUCGGGCUGCUGAUUCACUCUGUCGUAUCAUGAACUAGUGUCAAGGUAACAGGGUAGCCGGCCGGCUACCCCAGUGCUUUCUGCUACUCGCGUGCAAUUCUCGCAUUGUCGCAGCUAUGUACACACAGUCGUUGCGAUCCAAGUCGUCGCUCCCCUGACACCAUGUCUACUGACAACAGUAGAAUCGGUCUGCCAUCUGUUCCGCGAUCUAAAGGCUGCACAACAUGUGUGACUCGAAAAAUACGAUGUGGUGAGUGCAGGAUCAGCUCAGCAUGAUCCAAUUGCCUUAUUACUUGAUGAGAAUUGAUGAAUUGUUCUUUUUAUGACAGAUGGCGUGAGACCGAUCUGUCAGAAUUGUGAGCGAAGUAGUCGAGUCUGCGAAGGAUACCGCCGGGCGCAAGUCGUCUUCCUCAACGAAGGUUGGCGGGCAUUGGGCGUGGCAGCGACGCGGAAAGAUAGGCCUCGACAGCCCACAGGCGAUUUGAAGGCCAGAUCCAUGUGCACGCCAUCGAAGCGAAACAAAGAAUCGUUUGAGAGCCCUGGAAAUAGCUCGACAUCUCCGACUCCGUCGAGUUUGCGACAGUCUCAAGUACAUAUCGCAUUCUUCCUGUCAUCUUUCGACGAUCAACCUUUUCAGUCAUUGAGUUCCAUAGGCGGGUUAAUCAAGCACUAUCUAUCUAGUGGGUCGCUGGAUCGCUCUAAGCCAUUCGAGAACGACGAUUCGCCUGACACGCCGGUCCGUCUGGCUAUUGACGCUCUUGCUCUGGGACACUUUGGCGCAGCACGUUCCGACCAGGCUUCCACUCGCAGAAGCUUUCAACAAUACGGACUGGCCUUGCGAUCGAUGUCAUUACGUCUGCAGAACAUGAGCGCUAGUGAUCGGACUUCUGAUGUAUCAGAGGAGCAUUGGCAGCAUUUGGCAUUCUUCAGUCUGGUGAUGACUUUCUGGGAGGUGAGAUAUUAUCCAUUCGCGGGUCUAGUGUCUGUCAUGAAACGUGGGCUGAGUAAUCAUGCUUGGGAUAGAUGAAGAUGGCCCCCAGCUCGCGUACCUGGGAAACACAUAUCAAGUCUUUGGCAUCGAUCAUCAAACAGCGCGGACCAAAUCAUGUAUUUUCAG